AUAGUGCGUAUGGGGAACCCACCGUACCAACACGAUUGGCUGGUGUUGCUGAUACCGGACCCGUUAUAACCCCGAUUGGAAGGGCAGGCCAGUCUGAGGCUCUGGGGAUGCGAGGCCAUUGAAAGUGAGUAUCCCAUAUUCUAUGACGGAGAUAGAGCAUUAAUUGCAGUUUUCACCCCACCUUAACGACCGAGCGAGGGAUGAAAUCUUUCGACGACUAGGGAGGCGUCACCCGAGGCCGAUUCCAGUGGAUCACUAUAGAAUCUUCUAGAAGCAGGUUCUCCGGGCACUAUGGUAGGACGUGGAUCGAUCAUGACGAGAAUGGACUUCUCCGUCAUGUAAUGGUUUAGAAGAGUCACGGUCCUGUUCCCCGCCGGGCUUUUUCCCUUCUCGACUAGACGAAGGAGAUAUUCAUUCCAUUCAGGCAGGUGAGGAAGGGCGGCGUCGGCUUGACCCUGUCUUCUCUCUUGGUCGGGUCGGAGGCUAAGUUUCUCAUUCAGUGGUGAGGUGUUCAUAGAAAGCAAGGCCUCGCCCAACGAGUGGCGGAUUUGGUUUGGAUGGGGUCUCGCUUGGACGCUGGGGAGAUCCAUAGAUCUGGAUAGAGUCUUUCUCGCUCAGUAAAGAAGAGUACGCGCGCUACGGCUUACGCAGUGGAUCUUCGGGCAACCAACCCGGCACAUCCAAUUCCGAUCAACAACUUGGAGGUAUGGCUGAGUGGCUUAAGGCAUUGGUUUGCUAAAUCGACAUACAAGAAGAUUGUAUCAUGGGUUCGAAUCCCAUUUCCUCCGGCACGGAAGUAGAACGGGCGGGCGAAAUUACGUGAGAGAAAGAACCUCAGAUUGAUGGAGUCCGCCGUCGGACAGAAUAGCUGCUUAGUGACUAGGAGCGGAGCGCCCCUUUCUUGUUCUUGGUGGCGUCUAUAGCGAAGAAGACCUUCCCGAACGAGGGCCGUCCAGUCCCUGGCCGGCUCUCGGUUCUUGAGCAAGCUCCUCCACUGCAGGUAGGAUGCUCAUAGAUGAAGAAAAGAGACUUUAGGCAAGUGGUUCUGGUAGCUCAGCUGGUUAGAGCAAAACAAGCAACGGAUUGAGCAACUAGCGCGAAAGCCGUUGCGCGUUAGCGCAUCCGUUUUCUUGCUGGACUGCAAAUCCUUUUUUUCUUGUUUCAGUGGGAAGAGCAAGGGGCAUUGCCCUUGAAAUCCUUCAGUGGUUCGAAUCCACAUCUGAGCGUCUUUUUUUCGGUAUGCCGCUCCGCGAGCAAGGAGCGCCGCGAGGAGAGCGAGAGAACGAAGUGGGCUUUGGUGAUGUCGGAAUUUGCACCUAUUUGUAUCUAUUUAGUGAUCAGUCCGCUAGUUUCUUUGAUUCCACUCGGUGUUCCUUUUCCAUUUGCUUCCAAUAGUUCGACCUAUCCAGAAAAAUUGUCGGCCUACGAAUGUGGUUCCGAUCCCUCCGGUGAUGCCAGAAGUCGUUUCGAUAUACGAUUUUAUCCGGUUCCUAUUUUAUUUAUUAUCCCUGAUCCGGAAGUCACCUUUUCUUUUCCUUGGGCAGUACCUCCUAACAAGAUUGAUCUGUUUGGAUCUUGGUCCAUGAUGGCCUUUUUAUUGAUUUUGACGAUUGGAUCUCUCUAUGAAUGGAAAAGGGGUGCUUCGGAUCGGGAGUAACCACUUUUGAAAGGGCAAAGGGGGGAAGGACAUA